AUGAAUAGAUCAGAACAAGAAGUGACGCAAUUUCUUGGGUUCUUUGGCAUUUACAAAGAAUCCUACAAAGUCAUCUUUGAACGGAGAAAAAUCUUCAGCAAGAUCACUUUAUCUUUAAUCCUUCCUGUAUCUUUCAUCUACCUUGUUAACAUGGAAGUAUCGAAUCUCUUCUUCAGGAAAAUCAUCCAUAACGAAAUAGAACUUGAUCAUGCUCGAUCGGGCACUCCCAACUACGAGAAACUAUCUAACCUUCUCUCCAAUGAAUGGGAUUACUUUUGGCUUUUCCAGGCUGCCUACUUCACUUUGAUUGCCAUCUUUUCCCUUCUUUCAACUGCUGCAGUUUCUUACACGACCGCCUGCAAAUAUACAUCUCGGGAACUUACGUUCAAGAAAGUCAUGAGCGUUGUUCCCAAGGUUUGGAAGAGGCUGAUGGUUACUUUCUUAUGUUUUUUCGUUAUCAUGUUUUUUUAUCUCGUUUUAGCUCCUGUUUUCUUGAUUAUUUGGGCAAUUUCAAUCCAAGCAAGCGACAUCAUGUGUGUUGCAGUCGUUGUUGUUUUAAUGAUUUUGUACUUGGUGGGGCUUUUGUAUUUGACCAUAAUCUGGAGCUUGGCUAGCGUUGUCUCUGUUUUAGAAGAGGCCAACGGGUUCCAAGCCCUGGUCAAGAGCAAAAACCUGAUCAAAGGAAAACUAUGGAUGGCGAUAGUCAUUUUCCUCGCGCUCAAUCUAAUAUUGGGGAUCAUCCAGAUUGCAUUUCAGAUGCUGAUUGUGCAUGAAAGCACCUUGGGCAUGGCUAACAGGGUUGUAUAUGCAAUUAUUUGUUUCUUGUUGCUUUCCAUGUCGAUUCUCUUCGCAUUAGUCAUCCAGACAAUGUUUUACUUCGUCUGCAAAUCUUACCAUCAUGAAAACAUAGAGAAAUCUGCUUUGUCAGAUCACCUGGAAGCUUACCUGCGAGAGGAUGUUCCUUUGAUUGCCAAGGAUGCUCAGCUAGGGCAAUAUCAUGUUUGA